CUGUCGCUCGCCCGUCCUUCCUGUCUGCCGUCCAUCAAACACCCGCGACCACCCGCGACCCGCGACUGAAGUACUCGGGGGCCUUUCGAGACUUGUCGCCGUCAUCCCAGCGGGAGAGAAUCGAGCACCGAGCAUAGUCGCUCUUGCAAGCGCUGGACCAGAGUUCCAGAGCCCAGAGUGUCGUCAUUGACAUCAUCAUUCGCCACACGGGCUGUGACUGUUUUCUCAGCGUAAACCCACGACUGCGACUGCCUGUACUUUUACCUCCAGCUCCGACCACCGCCGCGCCGCCAACGACCCGUCCCGGACAUUCCUCCCUCGACUUUGCGCGCCAGCCAACACCACAAACAGAACCAGCCAACACACACCCUCACCUCAGCGCGGGACUGGCCACAAAACAAAAACACCAGCGCCGCCCCGAAUCAUGCUGUAGAUCGGUCCAGUCGGAUCCUCCCUUCUUUCUCUCCCCCUCAUCUUAACGUGGCGCACACCCUGCCCGGCUUGCCUUCUUCGUCGCCCUACCAUCCACCAACCCAUCCUUCUUCGCUUCAUGCACGCAGGCACUUUUCACUCCUAAGAAACGGACCGUUCCAGCCCUGCGCCGCCUCUUCUCGUUGUACUUUUUGUUUCAAAAAAAUCAGAUCAUCAGAGCAGCGCUUUCCCUGAUCUGCCCCAUCACAAGCAAGCCACCACCACCGCACGAGGCGCACCUUCCUAUACCCACCGACGAUAUAGAGGUAGCUUACCCUUCCGACCGACUUCAAGCCGGCAGUUGCUUUCCACCUCUUUUCAAGUUUUCCGCUUCGCCCCUUUCGGCCUGCCUACCACCCAGCUGCAUCGUUCGCACGGGAUCUCACCCUCGGGCGCAUGCGCUGGAGCCCGCACGGCUUAAAAGCAAGCACGGGAGCAGUGUUUCGGCGUCAGACCGUCGCAUUCCAGGUCAAUGGCGUUCUCAAACUCCAGCGGGGGCACUCUGACGCUUCCAUCGCCAACAGGCGUGCACCACGUCGACGUGAGCGCUGCUGUCCGCUCUCUCAGACGGUCGCUGUCGCGCUCACCAUCGAAAUUCCACCUCAUGCGCACCGCAUCGGACAGCUCCGACAACGCGGCUAGCUCGCCUAACUCGCCGUCGCCGCAAUCGCCCUGCCCACAACAGUUCCGCAGUCAUCAGCAACAACAAUCGGUCGCGUCGCCCCACCCCGCGCCCGCAUCAACCUUCGCCCAAUCCACGCCUUUCUAUCAAUCGGCGCACGCCUCGCACACACCCGUAGGCUCGCCAUCGCCAUUUCGCUCCAACGUGAAGCUGUCGCUUCGCUCGUCGCGCCCCAAGGCCGCCUCGGCCAAGCCGUCGCGCACGCGCCCCUCUCCGCGCAGCCCACUGAAGAGGGCUCUGAGCUCCAACACCGACGCCGGCAACGCCGCGCCGCCCUCAUUUACUCCAACCCUCGACGCCUUCUCGGGACAAGAAAACAACUUCAACUCGUUUUCUCAGACUUUUGGUAACAGUGGCCGCUCCAGCGUCUUCGGGCAGAAGGCCGGGUCGCGUCACAGCAUGCAUCUAGAUCUUUCUGGCGCCUCCAAAGGCGGCACGUCGACGACGCGCUUCAUAGAAAACAAGAGCGAGACGUACCCGACGUCGACCCUCAGUCCCAUGAAGAGAUCGGAUUCCAUCAUGACGACAGAUUCCCAGGGCAGCCCCGUCGCUAAGCGGCGUAGCCUGCAUGGCAUCGCAAGCCUUGGCAUCGAUUUCAACACCAUUCUCGAUCAAACGCCACCACCACCGCCGCCGCCUCGUGCGAGCUUCGAGAUCCACGACGACAUCAACCAAGAGUACAAGCUAACGGGCUCCCCAUCACUCUUCAGCCGCGAGUUUGCUUUCCCGUCUUCUCCCACCCCUGCUGCCGUCCCCAAGCGCUCAUCUUCGCUGCGCAAGUCGACCCUGCAGCAGCGCCAUGACCCACGAUCAUCCUGGGGCAAGCGACAAGGAGAGAGGUACCUGGCUCAGCAGUCAUUCGAGGCGUCGACCCCGGCUCCGCGUGGCAAGCAGCACAGGACAUCCCUCGACCAGAUGCUUCAGCCUGAUUCUCGCGAGAGUCCCUUUUCAUCGCGUGGCCCUCUCCCUAACGCCUCUGCGCACUUUCCCGACAGGCCCCCCCACCAACCUCACCCGCUUUCGAGGACAAUCACGACUUCCUCAUCAUCUGGCUCCAGCAUCGUGGCGGACGAUUCGCCUACCCACUUCCCGCCGCCGCCGCUGCCAGUGGAUCGCACUAGGGGACCACUGAACUUUGCCAAGUCGCUCCCUGUUGGUGCUGAGAGGCCUAAUGAGCCCCUGGCUACUCCGUCGUACAAAUCGGCGAAACCGCUACAGGCCGUGUUUGCGGCGUCCACCGGACUGGUUUCCAAGAUGAACCGGAACCCGGAAAUUGACCCUGCCCAGCGCGGUGGCUCCAAGAAGAUGAUGAUGCCUGACACACCCUGCAAGACCAGGAGAGACGUGUACCAGUCAAGUCAGAACUACCCUCACAACACUUAUCCUCCCUCAUCUGGGAGUUCCCGCAAGCAGCGACGGUCCCUCAUCUCGAACCAGAGCCCCUUCAGCCCCGCGCCGAAGCCCAGCUUUACGGGGUUUGGGAGCUCCGAGAGGCCAGGCGGCCUCUUCAAGCUGCGGAGCAGUCACAGCCGCAAGAGCAGCAUGCUCAGCUUUGAUAGCGAUGGGGACGCCCAGCUGACAACUGACAUCGAGCUUCCUCCUACCCCAACCAAAGCCCUGGUCGCAGCGAAAUCUGUGUCUACGGGAGCCAUCCACUCGACGCCCCUGGGCAAUCGCCGCACUUUCGCCCCAUCUGCAUCCGCAUUUGGUGGUUCAGUUGUACGGACAACCCCGACGGAGCUGAGUGGUAAGUCACGUCUGCCUGUCAAGUUUUCUCGGGCGGAAAGGGACACUUUGGACUUGUUCGAUGUGGCAGCCUCACCGGCUGCUCACCGAACCAGGGCGUCAUGUGCCACCAUUUCACGCAUGCCUGCCGCUCUUGAGCGCAGUGUUCGGCGGGGACGGGCCUACACCACCUCGCUCGACCACGACAUGGCGCCCACGACGCCUACUCUUGGUGGCAGCGUUUUCAACACCAAGCUGGAGUUUGCUAAGAUUGGCGAUGUGUCUCCAGCGAGCCCAAAGACGCCAUCAGACGCCGGCGUUCCUCUUGAUGCCAGCCGUCUCUCAAUUUCCGGACAUGACGAGCCCGCCCGUCGUCUGGCGGUAAACCCGCCGGCCACCCCUACCACGACAACUGGGCGUGGCUCCGUCUUCGAUUUCGGCAGCCGCCGCGCCAUUACUCCUGUGAAUGGCACUGGCCCUGGUGAGAUCGACCUGGUCCUUGCCUCGCGCUUCACCAAGAUCGAGUCCAUCGGCAAGGGCGAGUUCUCCCAGGUCUUCCGCGCCUCGAGUCUCCCCGCGCCCAAGACGUUCGGUGGCAUCGCUGGCACCCCACCUACCCCUGUCGCGGAGCGUCUUUAUGCGGUCAAGAAGCUGCGACAUGCGUUUACCGGCAACAAGGACCGUGAGAACAAGAUGCGUGAAGUUGAAAUCCUGAAGGCCCUGAAGGGGUCCGACAACAUCCUCCAGUUCGAAGACAGCUGGGAGCAUCGGGGCCACCUUUACAUCCAGACCGAAUUCUGCGAGGAGGGUAGCCUCGAGAAGUUCCUGGGUGACAUUGGCCAUCUGGGUCGCCUCGACGACUUCCGAAUCUGGAAGAUUCUGCUCGAGAUCUCGCAGGGUCUCAACGCCAUUCACGACGCCGGCUUUAUCCAUCUCGACCUGAAGCCAGCCAACAUCUUGAUCACCUUCGAUGGCACGCUCAAGAUCGGUGACUUUGGCAUGGCUACCACAUGGCCUGCCGCCAGGCACGUCGAAGCCGAGGGGGACCGCGAGUACCUCAGCCCCGAGAUUCUUCAAGGCCAGGUCGACAAGCCCGCCGACAUCUUCGCCCUCGGUCUCAUCAUCCUCGAAAUCGCUACCAACUCUUUCCUCCCCGACAACGGCCCGACUUGGGUUGCGCUGAGGGAAGGCGACCUUUCUCUCGUUGACUCUCUCACCUCGGCCGAAGCCCAGGAUAUCAAGCGGGACGCACGCGGAGUGCCGUUGACCCAGGACCCCACGCCUUAUGAGGAGCUUGUGGGUGCCUUUGGCACGCCUCAGCGCGAAUUUCCCUUCGGCCGUGUUCAGCAGACCUACAACCCUAGCAACCUUUUUGGCUCGCCGAAGCGGGUCCAAGAGCCCGUCGCCCCGACCUUUAUGCGAGACUCGGCCGACCAAGGCUCGCUCGAUGCGCUCGUCCGGUGGAUGAUUCAGCCCAAGGCGGCGGCACGGCCACGUGUCCGUGAUGUCCUCGACUUCUCAUCUAUCAGCUGGGUCUCGAGGACCCGUCGGGCUCCCGCGACCGUCUUCGAGGGCAACUGGGGCCCUGAGGGAGCCGCAGCCGGCAAGCCUACUACGAACGACGACAUCGAGAUGAUGGAUGUCUGAAGCACCCAUUCCUCUAAUGGCGAAAUCACCUAACUGCCUUGGCUGCCCUGCUUGCUCCCUUGGAGAACCUAUCUUUGUUGAGAUACUGGAUAUGGCACAUGGAGAUCUGGCAGGAAGUUGUUUGACUUGUCCUUGAAUUGUUCGAGAGGAAUUUUACUGGAUAUCCUCGCGCGCAAAGGAUUAUCGCGGCUCUAUUCUGGAGGCCACGAAAGCCGGGCCGACCCGCAACAACAGCUCCAAAGCAGAGACGCUAGCACCAAUCCCCCGAUAUACAUCACCUACUAUGACGAAUUUUACGACAUACGGAGACUCGAACCCUGUGGCUCGGCUGCGGAAUAACCAACGUUGCAACAUUGCCAACUGCCUGUGCUUCGGGCCUAGCACGCAACGCACGGCAUUUACCAUCACCGCAUCACUAGGACAUGAGCUCCUCAUCCGCCUGGAAUGGCGGCUCUACACUAAUACCCACACCCAUCUCAUCUGUUUGAGGGAAAAUCUUCUUCUCUAAUACCAGGGACUGCAGCAAUGCACCGCAGUCCCUGUGUCGACAGUGGGCCCGUCUCGCCAUUACGAGGCGAAAUGCAGCUCGACACUCGACUCUUCCCACCUGGGUAUGUACCUGGUGGUAUUGUACUUUGUUACACCGGAGGCUGGGUUGGAAUUUGGUGGACCAAAACAUCAUGUACAGGAACGGUCAGGGGCAUGGUUUGGUGGGCGGUAGCAAUAACCUUGGCAUAGGUUUGCUUGUUCAUUUUCAUCUCUUCCUUUUUCUUCGCUCUUUUUCCUAUUGUCCUGGCUCAUAUUUGCUUUCUUUUCUUCUUGUCUCUGGGAAAGGAGGGACAUUGCCACCAACAUUAUAUCGCAUCUGCCCCAUCACCCCCGUCUGUAUCGGGAGGAGGUCGCUGGCUAUCAUGACUGAAUGACGGACGAUAAACGAUGAGUUAGUUAUUCUGCAUCUACCAUUUAGGACAAUAGCAGAAUCUGCUUUCUGAAACG